GCGUUCUGAUAGUAACUAGUUUUGUCCACUUUUUUGUUCGAUCAAUCGGAAUCGCUUUACUACCAGUUGUUCUCAAUGAAUGCUUGUUUGUUUCUUUUUUGUUAAUUCGUAUUUCCAAAUUUAUUUAUUAGUUGAUCAGAACCGGUAGGUCAUAAUUAGGAUGCCUAUUCAUGAUAAUGAUCGUCAUGCCGUAGUCUUAGAGAUCGGAAGAGCAUACACAAAGUGUGGUUUUGUUGGAGAAAACGAACCUCGGGUGAUCAUUCCCUCUAAGCUAGAGGGAACCAAAAACGGGGAAGGAAUUUACCUUCAUGAAUAUUCCACCAAAAAAGAACUUCAUUCCAAUCUGGUCAAGUUUCUCCACCAUAUUUUCUUCAAAUAUCUGUUAGUCAAUCACCGAGAAAGAAGAAUUGUGAUUGUUGAAUCUCUAUUAUGUCCAACAGAGUUUCGAGAAGUUCUGGCAAAUGUCCUUUACAUUCAUUUUGAGGUACCAUCUGUACUUUUUGUACCAUCACACCUUGUCACACUUUACACUCUGGGGAUUAGUACUGCAUUUGUGAUUGAUAUUGGACAUGAGGAAACCACUAUGAUACCAGUGUGUGAAGGAACACCUUUAAUCCAUGCAUGGCAAGCUCAACCUCUUGGAAGUAAAGCAAUUCAAGGUCGGUUGGAGUCUCUUCUGUUGCUCCGUGCAAAAGUACAGGGAAACGAUGGUCAAAAAGUCGAUUUGGUUGAUGUUAUGCCGAAUCUAUCUCGUGCUGUUUUAGAAGAUAUUGUGGUGCGCACCUGUUUUGUCACUACGCUGCCAAGAGCCCGUCAACUUGUUGCUGCGCGGACGGAUGAAGAAGGGCCAUCACCACCUGUGCCCCCUCCUACAAUUCUUUAUCCCUUGUCUGGCAAUAAUAAUCUGACUUUGGAUGGGUCUGUCCGUGAAGAAUCAGCCGAAAUAUUUUUUGAAACGGAUAAUGAGAUGGUAUCACUAGCGUCGAUGGUUUUGGAUGGCAUACUCGCAUCCCCAAUUGAUUUUCGUGUCCCGCUUGCCGAAAAUCUCGUAAUAAUAGGCGGAGGAUCAAUGUUGCCUGGGUUAAAGUUUCGUUUGCUGGCUGAAAUAAGGGAUUUGCAACAACACCCCAAAUAUUCCAGCCGCAUAGCUCUUAAAGCGUUAAAAGUACAUCGGCCACCAGCUAAAUCCAACUAUGCCGCUUGGCUCGGAGGAGCGAUAUUGGGGGCAACGGAAGCGAUCGCUACACGUAGUUAUACACGCGAAGUGUACACGCAGACCAACCGCGUCCCCGAUUGGAACAAUUUGGCGGAUAAUACAAAAGAAGUUGAUAGCAGAGCUGGUUAAAUGCCACGCUUUAAUGAGCGUUUCAACAAACUAAAAGUAUAUUCAACUACAUUUGCUAUACCAGUUAUUGGUUUGAAAUAUAUACAGGUAUAUUGAUACCAGUUCACUAUCAAA